AUGCUCCUCGCAGCGACUCAGCACGAUCUCCCCCCUCUCUCCGAUUCCUCCUUCCAAGCCCUCCUCCCUCUCAUCUUCACCGCAGCCGCUCUCACAGCUCUUUCCGCCGAUUCCCUCCUCGUGACACGUGGCAAGCUCGCCACGUCAGCGUCCUUAUCCGCUGCGCAGCUGUUCGACGGGGAGACGAAUCUUCUCCUUCAGAACUCCCUCGCCGUCGCGUUCGCUGCGGUCGCCAGGCGGAUCGAACUGGAGGCGGAGGAAUUGACCGAAGCUCAGCCGGCUGCGAAGACGGCGACGGCUGAAGCCAAAGCUGAUUCGGAUGAUGAAGAGGAGAAGAUUACCGUGGAGGGAUGCGGCGUGGAGUUAAUUAACGACGUGCCUCAAUGGCUUAUGGAUGAGAUCGAGACUGCGGCUGGCGACUUCGCUGCGUUGCAUUAA